GCCUGACAGUUCCACUUGUUUCUUCAAUAGAGCAAGGUGAAGAGAGGAUUUCUCCUUCACAUUUUGGACGGAUACCCUGGACUGCAGUACAUGCUACUGUAACGACCCUGCGCGAACAUGGACACCACCAUGCAGCAAGCAGAGAGCGAGAACCCCGCCGCCGCACCCGUCGUAGACUUAGAGAUGGAGGAGAAGGAGAUUGAGGUGCAAGAGAUAACUAAUGGAGAUGCAGAACACGUUCCAACUUACGACCAGCAAUUUCCCAGCCUAGGAGGAGGAGGAGGAGGCGCUCUACCGACCACUUCUGCAUCGCCGAUCGGCCGUUGGAACAAGAAACCCCCGUUACAAUCAUCUACCAUCACUCAAGUGUUCCAUAUACCGGCGGAAGAGCGAAAAGGAAUGGCAACCGAAGGUUUCGGUGGCGGCGAAACUCACAAGAAAUUGGAUGCAAUCAUGAACAAUACCGGAGCUAAGAUUGAGAUGAGCAGCUCAAAGGACAAGAGCCUUACCUUCCUUCUCACUGGUAAACCCGACUCCGUCUUGCGAGCCAAGCGAGACGUUCUGGUUGCAUUCCAAACACAGGCAAAUAUGACAAUUAAUAUUCCCAAGGAACACCACCGACAUCUCCUUGGUAAAGGUGGUCUCAAACUCCAGGAUAUGGAGAAAAACACCGCUACGAAGAUAACUAUUCCCAAGUCCUCGGACAACAGUGAUGUUAUCACUAUUGUAGGAGCUAAGGAAGGUAUUGAUAAAGCCCUCCAUGAGCUCAGAAUUAUCUCUGAUGAACAGUCUAAACAGGCUUUCGAGAGGAUGGAAAUCCCCAAGAUCUACCAUCCGUUUAUCCAGGGACCUGGAAACGAGAACGUGAACAAGAUGCUAGCCAAAUACCCCGGAGUCAGGGUUAACAUCCCUCCUCUCUCCGUUCAGAAGGAUGAACUCUCCAUUGCCGGGGAGAAGGAAGGUGUUCUGGCGAUCAAGGAGCAGAUCAGUAAGAUCUGGAAGGACAUGGAGAGGAAGUGCACCACCGUCAGUGUUGAAGUUAAGAAGAGCCAGCACCGUUACAUCAUCGGUCCUAAGGGAGUUGCAAUUAACGAGAUCUUGGCUGAGACCGGGGUUUUUGUUGAGAUGCCUUCUAAUGACUCAGACAGUGAGACAAUUACUCUCCGUGGACCACAGGAGCAGAUUGGUUUAGCUCUAACCAAGGUUUAUCAGAAAGCCAACAGCGUUAAGUCUGAAGCUAUCAAAUGCCCUGCCUGGCUUCAUAAGUAUAUUAUCGGCAGGAAGGGAGCUGGUAUUCAGAAGAUCAGUGCUGCGCUCACGAAGGUUCAUAUCGGGUUCUCUGAAGAUGGUACGAUCAAAAUUGACGGGCCUCCAGAGGAGGUUGAGAAGGCCAGGGAGGAGAUUGAUGCCCAGGUCCAGACUCUGAUCAAGACGACUACUUUUGUCGACCUGAAGGUUGAUGCCAAGUAUCACAAGCAUAUCAUUGGUAAGGGUGGUUCCACCAUCAACAAGAUUAAAGCUGAGUCUGAUGUCUCAAUUAACAUUCCUGACACCGACAGCGGAACUACUAUAAUCAGGAUCGAGGGAAGCAAGGAGGGUGUAGAGAAGGCAAAGGUUGAGCUCCAGGGAAUGGUGGUCAAGAUGGAGAACGAGAAAGAGAAGGACAUCAUCAUUGAGAACAGGUUUCAUCGUCAAAUCAUUGGACCCAAGGGAGAGACAAUUCAGAAGUUGAGAGAAGAGUUUGCUGCAGUUCAGAUCAGUUUCCCUGAUCUCGGAGUCAAGUCUGAUAUCGUGAAGCUCCGUGGUCCCAAGGAUGACGUUGAUAAAUGUGCCAAGCAUCUGACUAAGAUGUCGAGAGAUCUUCUUGAAUCCAACUACCAGGUCAAGAUUCCCAUCUUCAAGCAGUUCCACAAGAACAUCAUUGGCAAGGGAGGAGUCAACAUCAAGAAGAUCAGGGAUGAAACCAACACUAGGAUUGAUCUACCUGAUAGCUCGGCUGACAGUGAUACUAUCAUCAUCACUGGAAAGAAGGAGGAUGUUAACAAGGCAGCUGAUAUGAUCAGAGAGAUCCAAUCCCAGAUGGCCAACGUGGUCUCCAAGGACAUCUCUAUCCCAGCCAAGAUCCACAACACCGUGAUCGGAGCUGGAGGAAAACUGAUUCAGUCAAUCAUGAACGAAUGCGGAGGAGUAGCGAUCAAGUUCCCGGAACCAAACUCCGGCUCCGACAAGGUUACUAUCCGUGGCCCAAGUGAGGACGUGGAGAAGGCUCUUCUUAGACUCCAGGAGCUGAGUGAUGAGAAACAACUCUCCGGACACUCGAUAGAGGUUAAAGCUAAACCCCAGCAUCACAAGUUCUUGAUCGGGAGACAAGGGAUCAAUAUUCAGAAGAUCAGGAAUGAGACCGGAGCCAGGAUAAUCUUCCCUGGAGCUAAUGAUGAAGAUCGCGAAAGCAUCUUGAUUAUAGGAACCACUGAUUCUGUGGCCAAGGCAAAGGUGGAGCUUGAGGCUAAGAUUAAGGAGCUGGACAACAUCAUCGAGGACACCAUGUCCGUUGACCCCAAGCAUCAUAAGCACUUCGUGGCCAGGCGCGGCAAGAUUCUCCGUGAGAUCGGAGACGAGUUCGGCGGAGUUGUGAUCUCCUUCCCGCGUCCUGGUGUAGCCGGAGACAGGGUGAACCUCAAAGGAGCCAGGAACUGUGUGGACGCGGCUAUUGCUAGGAUCAACGAGAUCAUCAAGGACCAGGAGGAGAUGGUCACAAUUGACUGCGAGAUUGAGCAACAGUACCACAGGACUGUAAUGGGAGCUAAAGGAUCCCAGGUUCAGAGAAUAACUCGAGAUUUCGACGUGAACAUCAAGUUCCCGGACAAAGCAAAUGAGAACGGAGAACCUCCUGUCCCUAGCGCAGAUAGAUCCUCAGAUCCUAAUAUUAUCAGGAUUACAGGUAAAAACCUGAACUGCGAGGCCGCUGCUGCAGCCCUCAAGGACCUUGUCCCGAUCACCGCCGAGGUAUCAAUCCCUUUCGAGUUCCACAGGUACAUCAUCGGCCAGAAGGGUAAGGAGGUGAGGGAGAUGAUGAACGAGUACGACGUGAAUAUCCGUGUACCGGCCGCCGACCAGCAGUCCGACAUUAUUCUCGUCUCCGGGGUUCCUGCUCAUGUUGAGAAAGCUAAACAAGGAUUGGCGGAGAAGAUGAUCAAGUUGGAGGAGGAGAAGGAGGAGAGGAUCAAGAGAUCCUUCGAGGUUACCGUUAUGGUCAACCCUGAGUACCAUCCCAAGAUUAUCGGCAGAUCAGGAGGAGUUAUCAACAAGCUCCGGGAGGACUACAAGGUUAACAUCCAGCUCCCGCCCAAGGGAUCUGAGAACGAGUCCGUCAUAACAAUUGUUGGACUUGAGGACGAUGCUGAGGCCGCGAAGAAAGCUAUCCUUGGAAUUGUGAACCAGUUUGAGUCUAUGAUCAAGGAGGAAGUCCAUAUUGAUCCAAGGAUCCAUUCUAUGAUCAUCGGUAAGCGUGGUCGUUCAAUCCGUAAGAUCAUGGAUGACUUCAAGGUUGACAUCAGGCUCCCGAGGGAUGGUGACGAGGAUCCUAGCCUUGUUGUUGUUUCUGGAGAUGAAGAGGCUGUUCUCGACUGCAUUGAUCAUCUGAAGAUCCUCGAGGAAGAGUAUAUGCAGGAGGAAGCUGAGAAGGAAUGGAUGACCCAGUAUGAGAAACCGAACCGUCAGCUGGACAACAAGGACUCCAACAAGAACCCCAAGGAAUUCAAGGUCUCCAAGGCCCCCUGGGACGUGAGCAGCUCUGAAGCUUUCCCUUCCCUCGGUGGUGGCGGUCCUAACAAUAGCUCCGGCCCGAUCGCCUGGGGACCCAAGGCCCGGCGUUAAACGCCGAUAAAUGACAACCUUCGUCCAUGUAUCCGAGUAGAACAUGGUGUGUGGACUUAUCUAGAUUUAAAACCUUAUAAAUAUCAUAUUUGCUUGAGAGUGGUGAUGGUUUGAACACUUUACAUAACGGGGUAAAACUAACAAGGCAUCACUAACCUACAAAAUAUCGGUCUUCGUAAUCUGUCUUGCUGCACAAGACGACCCAUGCGCGAAUAGGACUAAAGAAAAUGGAAUUGGAAUAACAAAGGUCUGCAAGAUAACAGGAAAGUCUUCCUUCAAUUAAAUAUUUUUCCCUUUUUUAAAAUUGUUAUUUUAUUAAAAAUUAUUUGUGAUGCCAUGGUGACAUACUGCUAUAAUGGGCAACUUUAUAUUUAUGUAUUUCUGUUGAAACUAUUUGGUUAUUUUCCUUGUACCCUUUGUUAUGCGUUAUAUAAUAUUCAUAUCAUUAUUUUUAUCUACGCUAAUCCUGCGAUAAUUUGCCUGGGUUACAUGUGUGAAUGUGCACAGUGCAUUUUUAUAGUUAAAUGCUUUUGAUAUUUAUACCUUCUAUACCUUUUAGUUCACGAGGGUUCAAUAAAUUUUAAAUAAUAA